AUGAACGACAGUCAAGAAAAGAAUUCAUGUCCAUUUAUUCGAGUUGUAACGCAUAAAAAUGGUAUACUCGUUCAUUUAGGCCAACUGGUCAGUUUAUCUGAAGAUCAGAAAUCAUUUAUCAUGCGCAAUGUGAUUAGUUUCGACCCGUUAAGAGUACAUGAACGAACAAUUUCAACAUUAGAACCAGCGGAAAUUCUUGCACUCACUGAAUCCAAACUUCAAAGUCAACAUGGUAAAAGGGGAAAUUUAUUGUCUGAUUAUUUACAAAAUCAAAUGAUGUUCAAUGCUUCAGUGAAAUCAUCAUGUGAGAACAGUAAGCAAGUGAAUAUAUCAGAGCAAAAACAUGACGCAGUGCACGGUCCAUUACUUAUCACUCCCAGUGAUGUCCUUAUUCGUUUAAGUGAAGUACGCGAGUUAAGCAUUGUUCCAGUAAUUCGCUUUGACCACCCUAAGCAAAUGCGACAAGUCAGCUUGAAGUAUGGAUCUGAAAGAAUAACUGAAGUCAAGAAAUAUGGCCCCAGGCAAGACAUCGUUAAUACAAGUAAAUUGUCAGAGAGUACAAACAAGCGGUCAGAUUCAUCAAUACAGUGUAAUGAGUAUACGGAUAUUACCAACAGCUCUAAAAGUCUAGAUCCAUGUGACGAUACUGAUCAAUUAAGUGAAGUGAUGACUAACGGCUAUUCUAAACGAAAGGAAAUCGACCAGGAAUUUGACAAGAAGCCUUCAUUGAGGGAGGGAAAGAACAAGGUGAAAGAGGAAGUUGAAAGAAUAGAAGAAGGAAAAGUCGAGCUCUUCGAUGAAGCAUUUAAAAUUUUCCGAAAGUAAAUCGAUCACACAAGUAAACUGCAAUAACAGUACAGACUGUAACAACAGUCAAAGUUUCCAACAAAACCUACAAAAACAAGUCCCAGUACAACAGAAAGGAAAAAAUGAAGCAAAACCACUUUCUGUACACAAAACGAAAAUACGUAACACGUCUGCAGAAGGUAGAGGGCGACGAGAACGACGUCUUUUGAACAAGCAAAGAUAUUCGGAGGUAGGUUUCUGGAUUAGUUAGUUUUGUUUUUGCAUCAGCUAUAGUUUUUGGUUGAUUGAUGGUUCCGCGUGUCAUCUGUAAAGAACUGUGAUUGUUUGCAGAAAUAUCUAUGGUAAACCUUUAAACAACUGUUGACUUGACCAAAGUCAUUUAUUGGUUCCUUAUUUUUACUAGGCAGAUGAAUGGUAUCAUUGGUCAUCGUCGAUUUGAAGACUCGAAAUGGAUUACGCGAACUUGUGUUUAGUUAAAAUUGAGAUGUAAUAGAUAGGACGUUUCAUUAUGACUUAUUGUACCAGGUGAAUUUAUUUCAUCAAUAAAAGUAGCCUAAAAUGCAUUUUGAAGUAUUAGACAUAUAUAGCAACUAAUUGUAGGAACUGAUAUCAUCCCGUUGUGUGCAUUCGGGACUAUGAUUUGUAAGUCUUUGUCGAUGUUUUUUGACCAGGGGCCUCGUUUAGAUUUUUUUGGAAAUUAUCACAGCUGCAUGUACCUGAGUAUACUGGUGAUGAUGUUCUCAAUGAAUUCACGUCUUACCUUGAACAUUAUUAAUAAUGGACUUCAGGUACAUCCAACUGACGAUAAAUUCCUCAAGCAGGAUACACCCAAUUUUGUUAAAUGUUCUGCUGAUAGAAAACAGUGAAACCGGUUGCAUGCUUAGUUGUUUUAAUAAUAACCCAUUAAGUUAGUAUUGUUCUGCCCUAGUUACAUAUAUUUCCAUUGAUUUAAUGCUUAUCACCCAGCAACAGUUGUCAGGGUGGCAUUUUCUUCCCGUUUCUUUCGGAAUAUAUGUAAACUGAAAUGUGUGCUCAACUCGAAGGAACUUAAAAAUAACACACUCUGUGAUGAUUUCGAACAUUUAAUUAGGGGUCGAAUGAAAGAUAUCAGAUCUUUCGCCAAACCCUUAUCUUUUACAUUGUUGAAUCGCCAUCCAAUAAUCCCCACUCCUAGUCUUAGUCUAUUCGACAUUAAGCUAGGCGACUACACAACGUGCUGACCGUUGAGGAAUUCCAUACCAUGGCAACAUGACUACCUAGUGCCUUCUAGUUUACAUUGGUACUGCAACCAACAUCCAUCCGUAAUGAAAGUCAACCCACAUAAAACAAUUCUGUCAUACUUGAUGAGUAAGAUUGACUAGUGUUACAUAAAGUUCAAGUCGUUGUCUGAUGCUAACUCUAAAAACUAAUGUCAGCCAGGAAAUAUUGAUUGUUUGUGUGAUGUUAGCCUGAAACUCCUUGGAAUUAUUUACCGUGGACCGAAAGCAUGAAACUAAAGUUUAACUUUAAAUAAUAUUGUAUAAUACUGAUGAAUAAAUCUGGUUGAGACGUUCUAGUUAGGUAUCUUUACGAUAUCAUUGAUUAUCAUUAGAGUUGUAUACAGCAUCCAGACAAGGAUAUGACUGCAAGUAUAUGUUAUACAUAGGGUUGGGAAGAAGCAAUGUAUUACGCUAUCAUAGAGUACAAAUUAUAAAUACUGAAUGCAUAAUGCCCACUGAUCACAAUGCCAAUACUCGUCAGAGUUCUUUCACAUUGAAUUCAUUAAUAAAUUAAACUACCAUGUGUCAGUUUGAUGAUGGACACACGUAUGCUACAAAACGAUUUAAUCGUUUUCAUAUGUACAUCAUUUGGUUCAUUCACUGUCAAAAGUCCAUUUAAACAUAGUGAAAGUCUUGUGAAAGUGUUUUAAAAUGCAUUUGAAGCUGUGUGAAGAAUGUGGAAGUCAAACAGGCCAUGCCAUCACGUGAACACGUAUUUCUGUUGAUUUAACUAACUAAUUGAAAAUGUGAUUAUUAUCCUUUGAUAAACUAAUCAAUACUGACGUUCAAAUCUUUAUCCUCUUCAUUGAACAAGAUUCGUUGUCACAAAUCAAUACCACUUGAAGUAUACUUGAAAUGGUGUUAGUUUUUACAUUCUGGACCCUACAAUGUAACUGAUACUAUUGUCUAAUAUUUGAAUUUACAAAGAAUUUGAACUUCUUCAGUAGCCUCCAGGUGAUUAGAACGAUCUUUAAUGAGGGAUAUUUUACAUGCGUAACCGGUAUGCUGUUAGUUUGUUGGAAUUUCAGUAUUUAGAAUGAUAAAAUACUUUCUUUCCACUUCAUCUAACACAGUGAGGAAUGGUCAGGUUAGAUGCAGGCCACUAGAUAAAAACUGAAAAUUCAUUGAUGAAUUUAUGUUAUCUCACCUACUUAGGCUUCCAUGGUAUACGUUCAAAGUACAAAAUUCACCACAUACCUUGAUAUGAAUUCCUGACUGACGUGGAAAUCGGUCGGAAGCGAGGUAGAGGCGAUUAAACAAAUUUACUGACUGUUGAUCUGAGUCAUGUUAGUAAGCGCUGGAGUUCAGGCAACAACUGUGAUCAGUAGUCAGAAACAUGCAGCUGGAAAGUCCCAAUAAGAUUGAGCACGACUCCUGGAUUCCACUGCUAGCAACACCACAUUUAUUCUAUUAAACAGGUUGGAGAUGUUAAUUGUCAUAGGUAUCAGUACUGUCUUAUCAUUAGUACGUCACUUUCUAGGUUAUGAGUCUCGGUAUUAUUUCGUACUUAUUCUACGAACCUACUACGUUUUACGAAGCGAGUUCUCUAUAUUUUCUCUGUUUUAUUGUGAUUAAUUACUAUUAUUAUUGUGAUUCGUUUGUUAUUCAUUAUUUUUAAUUUCAUCGUGACUGAUUCACUGACCUAUCCACCCUGUCUUGAGGAAUUGCCUAGAAUAAAUAAGUGUCAAGUGGCAAUUAGUUUCCUCUAAGAUAAAACAAAUCAUAUUUAAAGUUAUCAGUGCCAAAGACGAGGUUUUUGCUAGCAUAAACUAUGAACGUUUCUUAUAAAUAGAUUUUCACUGAUUGCUUGUCUAUAAUGUUGACAAAUUAUAGGGUGGCGGUAAAACGCAAUCCAAAUCUGUCAACAUCUCUAGUUCAUCAUUCUUAAAAUGCCCAACAUCUACACCACAUUUGAUAAAUGGUCGUUCUGAAGCAUCAUCAAGAUGGUACAAUGAUAGCAUUGUGUCGAUAACAAUUCAACAGUCGUCAACAAACUCAACUAUGAACCACUCAAAUAGUUUGUUGAAACCAAGACAGAAAACACCAGUGAAAAAUCGCAGCUUGAAAUAAAUGAAACCCAGUGAAUGAUGACUAGCCAUCUGUUGUAUCUUCAAAUUUAACAUUGACAAUGCUACUGUUGUUUUGUCGAUAUUAUCAAAUAAGUUUAAUCUAUCCG